UUAAGGGCCUAAAGGCCCGUCUAACCCAACUAUGAUUGUGCCCUAGCUCGGUCCCUGGCCAUUGAACACCAUCUUCUACAAGAAAUCAACAAACAAACAACAAUGGUUCUGCAUUUGAUGCGGAAAUGAUAAUCAAAAGGUCGAGUAGAAAGGAAGAAGAAUAUGGGGCUAAUGGCGAUUAUGAGGAGAAUAGGACGAAGCAUGGUAAUGACACGGCAAAUGAAAGAAAUUAUAGGAAGAGAUUUUAGUACCCAAAUUUUGAAGUCUCCUCAAUCCCUGGUUUCUCUUGAUCUACCUGAGAUUUGGACGCCCGUCGCUGAUGAUUUUCACGAUCCUCCGCUUAUGAAGUGCGCCAAUGAACAGGAUGUUACUGUAAUAGAUGGGAAGUUGAUAGCAGAGGAAAUUAGGUCUACAAUAGCUACUGAAGUAAGGAGGAUGAAGGAAUCCAUUGGAAAAGUCCCUGGCUUGGCUGUUAUUCUUGUGGGCCAGAGAAGGGACUCCCAAACUUAUGUUCGCAACAAGAUAAAAGCCUGUGAAGAAGCUCGAAUCAAGUCACUUUUAGCUGAACUGCCUGUGGAUUGCCCAGAGGAUGCAGUUAUUAAUGCUGUUGCAAGUUUUAAUGAGGAUCCAUCUAUUCACGGUAUUCUUGUGCAGCUUCCCCUACCGAGACAUCUGAAUGAGGAGAAGAUUUUGAAUGUGCUGAGUUUGGAAAAAGAUGUAGAUGGCUUCCAUCCAUUACAUAUGGGGAAUCUUGCCAUGAGAGGAAGAGAACCAUUGUUUAUCCCAUGCACUCCAAAGGGUUGCAUUGAGUUAUUGAUCAGGAUCGGUGUAGAAAUCAUGGGGAAGAAAGCUGUGGUUAUUGGGAGAAGCAACAUUGUUGGUUUGCCGACAUCCUUGUUAUUGCAGCGGCACCACGCAACAGUUAGCGUAGUACAUGAAUUCACAAAUAAUCCAGAGGAGAUAACAAGUGAAGCUGAUAUUGUGGUUGCUGCUGCUGGAGUGCCCAAUCUGGUCCGCGGCAACUGGUUAAAACCUGGUGCAGUUGUUAUUGAUGUGGGAACUUGCCCAGUUGAGGAUCCCGGCAAUGAGUUUGGCUAUCGUCUCAUGGGAGAUGUUUGCUAUGAAGAAGCAGUGAAGGUGGCAUCUGCCAUCACCCCUGUGCCAGGAGGCGUUGGACCCAUGACAAUUGCCAUGUUGCUGUCUAACACACUCGAUUCUGCAAAGCGGGCAUAUGACUUUGUUUAAACAGUAAAGCCUGUUACAUUAUAUAAUGAUGUAUAUAACAAGUACAAGUUGAUAUAACAAGGUGUUAUAUGCAAUUUUUGUUGCAAUUGAUUUUCUACUUAGAAGCUUCAA